UAUCAUACCACGGUUUUGGCGCUCGUGUACGUCCAGCAAGUUUACGUGCGAAAAUAAACCGCGCCAAACCACGCGAUGUACUCGUGCGAAUGUGUUAAAUGGAUGAGACGAAGGGAGUAAAAGUCUAUUUUAGACAAAGAACAAGCGACAAUAGAUUCACCAAUGGAAGAUGAUAAAUGGCUUCUCAUAUAUAAGGGUUCUUACCUUUAGAUCACAUCGACCAAUCACCUCACAUUAAACCAACCAACCAUACCAGCUAAACCCAAACUUGCCACUGCCGCCAAACUUCUAUCGUCCCUUGUCUACUGUACAUUAUUUGUUUUAUUUGGAUGAAGAGAGUUGGCAAACAUUCCCAGCAUCACCUUGUUCAGACAACUCUUGUGAUUGACAGAACGGAAGAUGAAUAAAGAUAUGAACUCAUCAGGAGAUGACGACCUCCUUCAGAUGAAGAAGAAGUUCUCUGAGAUGCCACUACAGUACGGGGAAGACCAGUGGCCGGCAUCGGUCCUGGCCUGCAUGAAUGAGAUGCGCAAGCAGCAUCAGUUCCAUGAUCUGGUGCUACUGACGGACGAACAUGAGAUCCCCGCCCACGGCGCCGUCUUGGCCUGCAUGAGCCCAUUCUUCAGUGAAGUCGUCAACCGGGAGGAGAAGCGACGGAGUGGAGUACUCAAGACAACAGUCGAUGGGGUGUCAGCGGCUACCAUCGAAGCCCUUGUCAACUUUGCCUACACUGGAAAGAUUGAAGUCUGUUCUGAGCUUGUCAGUGAAGUCUAUCAUGUUGCCAAAGAAUGGAAAGUUCCUCGUCUGAAGAAAGCCUGUGCUACUCACAUGCUUGACAAUAUGAACACCAGGAAUUGUCUUGAAAUCCGUUCCUUGGCAACGACUGAGGGUGAUGAAGAGUUGAUUUCCAUCGUUGAUCAGUUCAUCAAAGGAAAUGUUGAUGAAAUCACCAGCACUUCUGACUUUUGUCAACUUCCAUUCAUGAAGUUGGAGGUAAUCUCUAACAAAACCUCCAUCUCGCUGAGUGAUCGUCAGAUCUUUGAGGCUGCCGUAGAAUGGGUCAGAAGAACAAUGAAAGGAGGAAUAGAGCUUUCAGAACUCAUCAGUGAACCUCAGACUCUCCUCCUCUCUGGCAACAACCUCCUCAAGAACAUCACAGAGGUCGAUGAACUCUCCUCGGAGGUCAUGGACACCUAUGACAUCGACGUGUCAAAGGUCGGAGUAUAUACACCUGAUAAGAAGAGCGGAAGGGUGGGGCACCAGAACGGGAGCGGCAACGGUCACAGUAAUAAUGGAAGCACCACGCCUAGGAAGCUUAUCAUGACCCCUGGGGACGCUCCUAAACAAUCCAAGGUGGCCCACAAGAAGUGGAAAGUUAUUGCUUCAACUUCCAUGGCAGAUGAGCACUAUGUUGCCCUGACUGUUCUUGACAAUCAGCUCGCCACCCUGGUGCUCUACGAGAAGCGCAUCAAACCAAAGCACAAACACCGUCCAUCCCGAUCUUUCUCUAUCGAGAAGGAUGCCCUUCAUCCAACCCUGUCUUCGAUGAACCUACCUCGCUGUGCUGUUGGCAUUGCAGAGUUUAAGGGAAGGCUCAUCGUUGCAGGUGGCUACAACCAGGGCAAGUUUCACAGUACAGUGGAAGCCUUUGACCCUACUACCAACAAAUGGGAGUUCUUGAGUCGUAUGUACGGACCAAGAGGGCGCUUUCAGCUCUGUCCAGUCAACGGUGUCCUGCUUGCCAUUGGUGGCUCUGAUGGUAACUGUGAACUGAAGUCUUGUGAAAGCUUUGAUACCUUGACAAAGUGGGUUAGAGCUCCAGAUAUGCCUGGUGCAAGAACGUGUUUUGGUGCAACUGUGGUGGAUAAUAUGGUGUAUGUGAUUGGUGGUGCUAGCGGUAGCCAGGGUACAAAGGAUUGCUUGAGAUACGACCCAUCCAGCUCAACAUGGUCAUCCAUAGCCCCUCUCAAUGAAGGUCGUGCUCAGGUUGGAGUUUGUUCUGCUAGAGGACAUAUCUAUGCCAUUGGUGGAUCAGAUGCCUGGAAUUGCUACAAUUCUGUAGAGGUUUACCAUCCUGAUGAAGACCAAUGGAAGUAUCUAUCACCCAUGAAGACCUGCAGGAGGGGUGCUGGCACUUGUACUCUGGAAGGUAAAGUUUAUGCAGUUGGAGGUAGUGAUGGUCAAACAGUGCUGGACACUGUAGAAUGCUAUGACCCUGAGAGGGAAGAAUGGGCCCCCGUAGCCAGUAUGGCCACGCCCCGUGUCAACGUUGGUGUUGGUGUCAUCGACGGCAAGAUCUACGCUGUGGGAGGUUUCAGUGGCAAGGAAUUCCUGAACAGCGUGGAAUUGUAUGAUCCCAUGCAGAAUCGUUGGUAUCAGAUUGCGAGGCAUCUCAGAGCCCCAGUAACGGCCUCUCCACCUCUUUCUCCUGUCAUGUCAUCCCCUCAUAACGGAGCUGCUAAGGCUAUUGUACCCCAGGAGCACAGUAACGGCAAUGGUGCCACCAGCACCACCAACGGCAAGAGUUCUUCUACCAAUGGCAAGAGUGCCGCUGACAACAUUGAAACCUUGACCUUGCCCGUUGCAUAGAAACUGCGUUGCUUCCAAGACGCAUUUCUGGAGAAGCACCUGUGAGUCAAGGCCAUUCUAACCACCUUGGUCAGUGUAUGUAGUGUUGUUUUAAGUGUGGGUAUUGCCGGACAUGAAAAUGAACAUGUGGGACCAUCCACCUUGGUAUGUUUCUAGGUACCUCAUUGGUCAGGGUAUGAUAAAUAAACUGUAAAGAAACUGCAAAAUUUGUCCAAUUUUAAAACAACAAGACAUAAUAAAAACAUUUUCCAAAAGAUUUUAAAGAUUAAUUUUGUUGCAAAUGACAGAUAUUUCCAUCUUUAUAUUUUAUCUCAGCUAUCACUUUAAGCUUUGAUAAUUUUUUUUUCUUGUUUCCUCUCCAUACUAAUCAAAGGUGUUUUUAUUUGUUUCUAUUGAAUAUAAAAACUUUUUUCAUGAAUCUAAGGUAUUCCACUACAAAAUAAGCUUACCUAGUUAAUUGAAAAGAACACAGAUACAUGAAAAGUGCUUAUUGUUAAGUGUUAUGAGUUGGCCUAAUAUGAGUGGAAAAUCAGACAUGGUUUCCCAUUUCAAUUGAGAAUUUCAAAUUUGUAGAGAAAUUCAACAAGAAUUCUAAAGGCCCAAAUUUGAUAUCUGUCUUACAUGUCAUGCAAUGCAACAUGAUCAUCUUGAGUGACUUUUUUUCUUAGCAAAGUUUUGAUCAGUCAUUUCUAUAUCCAUUAGUCAUAUAUUGGUUUGCAUAUUCAGGCUUUAUUAAUAUGAUAUGGGGUGAUAUUAGAGUUUAUAUAGGAACCUUUCAACAUGCUUUAUUCCGAGAUGUUCCAACUAAAAAAAAGAUUAUGUGAACUUCAUGUAAGUCUGUAUCACGGCGCUGGUUUGCAGUGAAAACUAAAUACUAUUUUAUUAGAAAAUGUUUGUACAUAUUGAUUAACGUAUCAUGUAAUUUACUAUUUCUAUAUGGCAGGUUGUGAAAAUCAUGUACUCCUGAGAUUCAUAUCGUGGACAACACAUAUGACAAAUCCUUUCAUUUAUUUUUUUCUUAACAAAAUUAAGUACUUUCACAAAACAAAUUAUUCAAUGAAGCUCUGAUAUUGUGAUUUGAAACUUCACAAAUACCUGCUGAAGUAUUUUCCUUGCCAAAUAUAAGAAGUAUUUCAAUGCAAGUUGUUCAAUCCUGAGCAGCAUGUAGACGACCAAUCCAAAGUUAUCAUCUAUCCAUGUUGUGUGCUUUAUUAUUACUUUGACGUAAGAUUUUAAAUCCUUCCUUAGCUUUUGUUAAACUACAGUUGCACUAUUAUCAUUUAUUUCCUUUGUUUAUGCUUUCAUGUAAUACUUUGCUGACUUUUUUGUUAUUUUUUUAAGCACUGGGCAUAAUGUAACCCCCUUACCACUUUACAAUAGUUUCUUGAGUACUUGUGUUUACAUCAUUUUCUUAAUAUACCAAGGCAUAUCUUCUGUGUAACUGUAAGGUUAAUAUCAAACAAGACUGCCAUCCAAUGCUGUGUUUUUGUGAAUCUUAUUUUUCAUACAUUAACAAUAUUCUUUACUAUGAUAAUACCUUGGGUUGUCUUUUAAUAAUACUCAACCGGAAUUUCUUGAAAAUCAAAAUAUUUUGAUUAAUCUAAAUAGUGAAUACAUUUGAUUUGUCAAAUUUGAGGAGGAAAAGGUGACAAAAUGUGAUAAAUAUGAAUUAUUUUGUAUUCUGAAUUGUUUAUUUUGUUUUAAUACCAUUAUGGCAUGGACUAUGUUAUGCAGUUAUUUAUUUACUGCUGGUCGGUGAACGUGGAAUAUUAUUUGGAAAAAGAAAUCUUUCUUUGGAAAUUUGAUAACCUAUAUUCUAAAUAUUUGGGAAUUCUAUUUUCAUCAUUAAUCCAUUUGCAUUUUAUUUAUUCCAUCCAAUAUUAUCCCAUUUUCAUUUCAUUUAAGGACUUUUAAGUUCCAUUGUUUGUUAAUUCUAUGAAAGACAUUUCUCUCUCUUGUAUCUCUUUCAUUUUGUGUCUUUCAAUAUUUUAAAUUUGUAUCCGUCUUUUCAAUAUAGACUUCAAGUGAUCAUUUUUUUUCAGAAAAGUUGUAUCUAAAAUUGUGAAGAUUACUGUUCAAUUAAAAGGUAAGAAAAUUAGACCUUGUUGUGUAGGUGCUAUUUGAGGGACAUGAUUAAUACCUAGUGGUGCUAAGUAUUAAUACCGUAAUCUGUAAUUUGUGAACCUUCUGUUUCAAUGCACUUAUUGUAUUGAGUUGUCAUUUGUGAUACAGCGAAAUGUUUCAACAAACAACAGGAAUUGUGAAAACUUAAUCCAGAUGGAGGCUGAAUUUAUUUGCUUUUUUAUGGAGGGGAAUUAUCUCUCGCCAUGUGCCUAGUUGCAUUAGAUGGCUGUCAUGAACAACAAGCUUUUAUAAUUUAUUCUGUUGUAGUUUGGCAAUUCCAUAAAAUAUUGUAUGUCUAUCCCCAUUUAUAUUGGACCUUCAUGAAAUUUUCUGUCCCUGAUGCCCGGUUCUUCUGACAGUCUGUAAUGUUGUCAAAUGACCAUGACUUGGUCAGUUUAUGAAAUGGAAGUAAAAAUUAAGAAAAAUGGGGGUUGGACGUACAGAUACGAAGAAUAUUAUAUGGAAUAGCCCAGUUUCCUUAUAAAAAUCAUCAAAAAUUUGUUCUACAAGUUUGCAAAAUAUGAUAUCUGUUCAUGAGGGAAACAAGGUUACAUGUACAAGAAACUUGAAUUAUUGAUUGCACAUAAUGAUUGAUGUAAUCAAUCAUAAUAGCAGUCCUAUAUUCAAGUGCUAAGUUAUGUUACAGAACUCUAUAUAGCACCUACCAUCGCAUGAAUAUUUAUAUUUCUUUGAUGAUUUUCUUUUUGGAGGGGGGGGGGUGGCUGGUUUCAUGGUGUGCUUAGUUUUCUUUUAAGAAGAAAACAUUUAAAUUUGAUAUUUCAAAAUAAUUUGUUGAAAUGGUAACUGAAAUUGCCUAGCAGCUGGUUGGUAUUGAAUAUUAAGAAGAUAGUGUAAUUGAUGAUUUAGUCAGAAAGGAUAAAUGUGUUUCUGAUAUUAUUUCACCUUAACCCUUCAAAAUUAUGUAUUGUGAAGACUAAUUGUUCUUGUUCAAACUGUGAACUAUUAAUAUGUCGUGACAUUAAAAAGAAUGAAAUGGAAUUGUUUCAAUACAAGGCAGCAGUGUAUGCCAGUUAUAAAUGUGACAUAGAAAACCUAUUAUUUUUUUACAAGUUCAAGACAUUUUGUGAUGCUGUGAUGUAUUAAAAAUAAAUGAAGCAUUAGAUUAUGAUGGUGAUGAAUGUUAUUAUGAGAUACAGAUUUAUUGUUGAAAAGAAAUUCUGACAAAUAGUAUUACUUGAUUUAUGUGAAUAUUAAUCUAUGUGCUUGGUCCAUGAUUGAAACAUCACAUCAUAGGUUUAAAAAAGUGUGUAUUUACUUUUGUUUAUAUUGUGUGAGGAAUAUUGAUAUUUUGAGGGGAGGUUGAAAUUAUUAAAAACUAUUGUGUUUAUUUAAAGUAAACACAAAUUAUGCAGAUGUUGAUUAAAAAUAAAUAUAUAUGACUGCUAUAUAUUCAUUAGAAUGUGUUGAAUGCCAAUAUGCACUGUGAAGAGGGGUUAGUGGACCUCAAGAUUUGGUCAAUAUUUUAUUCAUAAUACGUAUUUGUAAUUACUAAGAGCAACUGAGUGUGUAGGUAAACUAUGUACCCCAUCCUUCCAAAAACAAUAUAUAUUGUAGAUAUAUUUUCUUUCUUGACAAAUGUGUCCCUUGUUCUCUGUGAAUAUGAUCUUGUAUGAAAUAAAAUGAUCGGUACAUGUUACAUGUAUAAAUGAUAGAAAUUAAUCAUGAUAGACAUAAUUUUCAAUUGAUGAAUACUCACGGCGUUCAUUAUGUGGAAAGUUUUAUUUUCAACUGUGGUGUAUUUCAUUACUUGUGAAUCAUUGUACUGCUUUAUGUGUUUGAUUGCAAGCCACUAGUACUCGACCAUUAAGGUAUAUUUUCAGUCAGGGAAAUUAAAGUGAGGUGAAAUGUUCAUUCCUCGAUACUUAAUAUAUGAUUCCUAAUUGACUUAUUUCCAAGUAUUUAAGGCAUGCUAUUUAGAACAAAGCUUAGUCAAAGAUUUAAUGGAUUUCAAAAUCCUACCCUUGAAAUUUACGAGACUUUAUGAAAUUCCGAUAAAAUGACAUUAUCAAUGCACUCUCUUAGAUCAGAGAACUUUUAUCAAUGCAAAUCUGUUAGAAACCCUUUUGAGGGAGCAGUUUUAUCUUCUUUUUUUUG